AUGGCUGUCGAUGUUCCCAACGAAAUUAUUUCUAAAGUGUACGACGACUUGACGCCAAAUGACUUGUACACGUGCUUGUACAUAAACAAACAGUGGGGUCAAAAUGCGGCCAGAUUACUCUGGGAGACUGCUUCGUUAAAUCCUAAGAAAGCUAAUACACUUAUAUCUCUAAUAGAUAAGCCAUUAGAAUGCAAGGGUCUCAAGCUUCCGGAGCAUAACCCAUCGCCCAUGUUUCCAUACCCAUAUUUUCUUACUAAAUUCAAUGCUUCUGAUUUGCAUAAAACGCUCGAAGAAUGGCUCCAGCAUGAAGAAGGUCUUCAAGACUGUAUUCUACCCUUUGACGAAUGGUUCAGAUUACGAUACGUUCUGGCGGAGAGUCUUCUCAAUCUCUAUCGCAAGUACAAUGCAACCGUGCAAGAAAUCAUGCUCAGUAAUAAUCGGAACAUCUUGUACACAAACGAUGAAUAUUUAAUCACGGCCAUGCGCGAGAAUUUCGAUCCUUUGUUCAUCAGGGCCCAGAAACUGUACGUAAAGGUGAUAACGGGCACUACAAUUAAAAAAUUUUAUGACAGCAUGCGAGAACACUGUCACUCGCUGACGGAGAUAAUAAUUGAAGAAGAAUGGAACAACAACAAGUACGAUGAAUGGAAGGAAACUAUUGCUGGGUUGAUAAAGAGCCAACCGAAUCUGAAAAAGUUUACAUACACCACCCAGCCAUAUAAUGAGGGAAGAUAUAUUAGAAAAAUGAGCAAGAUCUUGUUAAAGUAUGCUUCUUCUUUACAAUCUCUUAUCUUUAAGGAAAUUAUGUUUCAACAUAAAAAAGAACAUAAGAAUCCCUUGGAGUAUUUUGAUCAAUUCCAUAAGUUGGAAUAUAUUGAAUUUAACAGAUGCAUGCAUGUCAAAGGACAACUUGCUUCACCUUUUAGAAAAGGAAUAUUCCCUAAUCUUCAAAAGGUAGAAAUUAUACAAUGUUAUGAUUCUGAUGCUAUUAAGGAAUGGGCUGAGGAAGUCAACAUGUGA